CCAUGCCUGUGUUUCAGCGGAACCAAUCUCCAGGAUUGGGGAUUUGGGGGGAGAGAGGGAGAAGCGAGACGCUUUGCGGGGCGCAGUGAGCGUGGGGGACCUUAGGCAUUGACGGACGCUGCGGGGCAAAGGGGCAGCGCCCGGCGGAGACGGAGAGAGAGAGAGUGAUCCCGGAGUCACGGAGAUGGCAGAUUUCAGCAUCGACCAAAGCAGCCUCCCCACCGUCAACACAGUGUGCCGGGAGUUUGCGGUUCGGGAAGAUCAUAGUCUGGCCCACAACCUGCAGGAGCAGGAAAUUGAGCAUCAUUUGGCUUCCAAUGUACAAAGAAACCGCUUGGUACAGAAUGACCUGCAAAUGGCUAAAAAGCUGCAAGAGGAGGAGAAUAAGAAAGCCCAGAUCCAUCUUCAGAAACAGCAGCGAGAGAUGGAACGUUGGGACAAUCAGAUGGCUCAAGUGAUUCAGGAUGAACUGACACUGGAAACUGAGAAAAAGCGACGCCAGGAGGAGAAAGAUGAGGCUAUUGCUCGGAAACUCCAGGAGAAGGAAGAAAAGUUGAGACGGAAACAUCAACAGGAAAAGAUAGGCCAUGAUCCAUAUGAUGUUGGCUUCGAAGAAAAUGGAGAUCACAUGAAAAGCAGAGUGCGCAAGCACGAUAGAAACAGCAGGAAUGGAAAUGAUUGCCAUAGAAAUAGAGAUUUAAGGUACAAAAGGGACAAUCACCUCAAGUUACCAGUAGAACCAAGCUCAAAAUCUCGAGUUGAUGACUGGGCCAUGGAGCCAACAACGCAUGGCCCCAACAAGAAGUCCUGUUAUUCAGAAACUGUGUGGAAUGAUGAUUAUCCAGAUGCUGAUACUCGAAAGCUCGAGAACCGUUCUCGCAAGAAGGAGGCACCAAGGAGACCACCACCCCCUGUUCUAAAUGCAACCCCUGAGGCAGCUUCUGACUACUGUAGUCAGGGUGCACGCCCAAAGGUCACUGCAGUUCGAGAUAAGUGCUGUGACUUGCCUGAGCGUAAUGUUUACUGCCGGCAGGCCACUGAUAAAAUUUCUCAAGACUGUAGACCUGAAACCCUAGGUGCUUGUGCCCCUAGUCCCGAGGAGCUCCUGGGAAGAGAACACAUAAGUGGUGAAGACAACAAGCUGUCAAGGAAGGCAAGGCAGCGAGCAGCACGUUCACAGUCACCUGACCAACGGAACGAGAGCAAUCACUACAACCAGGAAAAAGGGCUGAAUCCAAGAAUAGAUUAUGGCAUGAAGGAAGCAAUGCACGGUAUUUCAAAGAUGAGUGCCAAAGAUCUGGAGUGGAAAGAUGCUGAACUGGCACGGAAACUUCAAGAGGAAGAGAUUAUGGCUGUCAAAAGUUCCAAACGAGCAGCUCAGUUGGCACAAGAUGAGGAGAUUGCCCGGUUACUAAUGGAGGAAGAGAAGAAACAUUCCCAUAGGAAAUCCAAGGAGAAAGAUCCUACACGGAAAGGAGAGGAAGACAGGAGGAAGGGCUCAUCAGAAAACAGGAGGCAUGAUCAGGAAAAAAAGGAGGCCAGUGAAUACUUCAGGUCCAAGCCUUGGGAUGGAUCAGAACAACUGAUAGGGAAAUCUGAAAGACCAGUAAGGCCUCCUGCAUACCAAGAGGAGUCAACUCCACAGCGCCCUUCUCGCCCUGCCUCCAGGCCUUCUGAAUCAUCACAGAAAGUUUCUUAUUACAGACAGUGACUGAAAGAGUGAAGCAGUUCUGAAAUGAAGAGGAUCAAAGUUUCAUCUGUUUCUGUUCUGUGUGGAUUAGGCUGAAAGUUACUGAAAGAGUUUCACCCAAUACUUCUAUCUGACCUGUUUACGCGGGGAAAAGAAUUACUGGAUGUUUUCAUGUUUGGCAGCAGAUUUAGUGUGAGUUACCUAUCGGCGCCAACCUGAUCUUGUUUGGGAGUGUAAAAUCUUUAUUGUUGAGCCUGUUGCACAAUAACCCAAGGGAUGGUGAUUUUUAUUUUUUUUAACAAAAAUGUUAAGUUGUAUUAACUUUUUAUUAUAAAUAUAUUUGUUUUUAACUCAGGCUUCCACUGUGUGUUCUAAACAGCCAUGCUCAGCAGAUUGAAUCACUUGCAGUUGCAGCAAAACUUUAAUCGUAUGAUCGAAUUUUGUGAUUCUUCUCUUAUUGUCUCUUCUUUAUGACCUUUCCUGGUUCUCGUCAAGUUAAGGUUGUUUGAGUUACGGUGGCCACAAAAUUUGUUGGAUAAAUACAAUUUAUGUUAAAGUACAAUUAAUAAUUUGUUACUAGUGGGAUCCAGAGAAUUACUUGUGCUUAGGGAAGGGCAAGUAAUGGUGAAACAAACCAGGUUCCACCAAGCACACUUCAUAGCACAAGAACCUGCAGGUGUUUGAGAAAAUUGCUGCAUACAUAUCUUUUCCAUUUUGACAGAUCUUGAACUUACUUUCAAGCUAAUUUGCUACUGUCUAUCUCUGCUCCUCUCUCCAGGAAUGCGUAUAAUAGUCUUGAAAUCUAUAAGUAUUUUCAUUUUCACAUAUCUAAAUAUUAAAAUUCUGUCUAUGCAGGUUCUUUCUGUUAAUAGUUUUCUAUAUGAAUUCUUGUGUCCACAUUUAAAAUAAAAAUUGCCCAUGUCAAUUUGUCAUGCUUGAAUACACCCUCUCACCAUAGGAGACAUUAUAGCACCACAUAGGAGUUUCUCCUGACAACAUAAAAAUAGGAACUGAAUGAUAUUGACUAAAUAUGGAACUGAAUCACAUCUUCGUGCCAUGUUAUUGCCCUGUUUUACCUGUUCUUGAUCUCAACUCCUUCCAUUCAAUGACUGCUGAAUCUGCAAAACAAAAAGCAUUUUUCGAAACAAAUUUUGAUCAUGCAUUUGCAACUCUUUUUCUAGAAGUGUGAUUCUACUGAUCACUCUAAUAUGCAACAUCUUGGCUGAUUGAAAGAAUUUUGUUUUUCAGUUGAAUUUUCAAGUAUUUGAAGAACCAUAUUUCAUAAGUUGCAAUUUUCAGUCCUUGUUAGAAGGGUGUUUGUUUUCAGCAGGUCUGGUUGCUGCAGGAUCAUGGAGAUCAGCUUGGGAUUAACAGUGUGUGUGAAAAACACCAGUGAGUGAUUCAUGACUGGCUGUUCUGUUAUUGCCUGUCUAUAUAUAAUUGCAGGUAUAUCUUGACAACAUUGUGAUGUUUUGAGGAAAACCACACUUAAUCCUAGUUGUUCUCCAAUUCCAGCCCUCCCAACCACUUCUCCAACCCCACCAAGACCACCUCGUCCCCCUCUUUACCUAACCCUCCUUUUAAAUGCUGCAUAAAUGAUCAAUUAACUGUGUUUGCUUAGGUGUGUAGGAAUAGCUUAACGGCUUUCUUUUGUGGCAUGUUUGUAGAUUAUGUUUGUAAGUUGAUUGGAUUUCACAGGAUCCACUGCUGUGUCUCAGAAUGAAGGUGCUCCUCUCCCCAGCCAGUGCUGCAUGCUGUGUGUGUGUGUGUGUGUCAAGGUAAUGUAGGUCAUCGCUGCAUGUCUGUGUUUAUGCUGAUUGUGCUUCAUGUAUGUUGAGCAGCAGGGGUGAGCAGAAGUCUGAGACUGUGCCAACCUGUGAGGCCAGAAAAUCUUUUGAAGAGUUAAUGAAGCAGAAUGUCAUAUUUUUAACUCAAAAUCUUUUAAACUAAUGCUUGGUAAAAGAGAAAAAAAACCCUGCUAAGUAAUGAGAGUUGAUAAAUGUAGUGAAGGCUGGUAGUCUGCGAAGAAAAUCAGUGUCUUGGUAUCUAGCAGAGACGGUCUGAAUAACAACAUUCAGCACUCUAUUCAUCACUGUUUUUCUGAUGUCAAACUCCCAAAAUGCAUUGGUUCUUAUGAAACAUAUUGUACUAGCCAAGCCAAUGGUGUAUUCUUGUUCACUCUUCCUCAAGUUGGUGGCAGUAUAUCUUCUAGAUACCCCAAGAAUGCAAGUUUCUCCCUCUUUGGGGAAGAUGCACGAGCAGAGGUGACUUGUACUAGAACAGCAUCCAUGGGGGAAUGCAUCAAAUCUAUCAUGUCCUUCAGGAAUGCAGUGUUAUACCAUUGCACAUGCAUUCAUUCAUUAACAUAGGACAUUUACUUGCCAAGUUUUAUUCCCCUCGAAAAGUAAGUUACUCUGAGUGCUUAACUGUCCAUAGUGCACUGAAGUAGUGCAACAGAAGGCCAUGAGGGAGUCGUCUCUUGAUCUGUCUUCCUCAAUAUUCACAAUAGCAUUGGGAAUGAUCCCAAGGUUUUUGUACUUUGUGGAUCAACCUUUGGCAGGCCUCAGCCCAUGUCUGGUACUAAAAGCUUAAACACCAGGGUCAUAUAUGAGUGGGCUGCAAUAGACAACUGGUCACAACUGGCCGCCUUCUGCAAUAAAAGGAACCCUUGAUUUAAAUUUGCUGCUAGUUCAGUCUGUGGCCAAAUCUGAGAGUACAGAUUUGAACUGACCAUGAAGGAGACCACCAUCCCUCAUAUUCUUUCUUCCACUGAUACUAUGCUCUGCAACUCUACCUGCCAUUGUAUUGUCUUGUUGGGAUCUGUGUCAACAUCCUUGUGUGUUCCCUAGUGCUGUCCUUAGAUCUCUUCCUGCACCUCUCUUAUUGUCCUCCCAUGAGUCUGUGUUUCCCUAGUACCAUCUUUCUGGGGUGUAUAUAUCACCGCCAUACUCUUGUGCCAUCAUAGGACCUAUUCAAAGACCAUUCCUUCCACCCUACUGGAGUCUGUACAUUUCAUCCCUAUUCUGUGUGGACUUGUCAUUGCUGCUCCCUUGUCUGAAAUGGUCAGGUUUCUCUAUCUAAUGCUUAUCUGAACCUCAAAUCCACAGCGUCUACUUAGACACUUGCAUUUUUUAACUGGUAAUAUUUCUCCUAUUCUCAUUUUUAAGAAAUGCUUUGUUUUAGGUGGCACUGUGCUACACGUGUUGUCCUUGUAUUCAAUAACAACAGCAUGCCAGAUUUCUGCCUAGCACCAAGCCCCCUACCAUCUCAUUCUUAUAGACAAGUGCUUCCAUUGUCAGUCACUUAUUUGUUGUUCAAAGUGUGACUGUUUAUAGAAAAGUGCACAGAUUAUUGUGUCAGCAAUAAUUCUCAGAGCAAUACAAAUCUGCCUUAUCUCUUAGAAAGAAACAUCAAAGUAGCCAGGUUUAAAAUGCUUCAAAAAAUUAAGUGAAACUUUAAACUUUUUGCACUAACACUUUCUGGAGUUUCCAGUGACGGUUAAUCUUGACUUCCUCUGUUUAAUGAUUUUUAAACCUAAAUAUCACAGGUAAUUGCUCUCGCAGCCCACUGUCUCACUUACCACCUCUUAAUUCAUGAUUCAUGAAGAUAGGCUGAACAUAUUCCAAAGAUUUCUUGUUUUUAGUAGUUAGAAUUUUUUUAGAAAUUAGCAUGAUUUAAAAAACACCUCAUUGCCUCACAUGAAGAGAGUGUCAUUCUUGCUGAGUUCAGUUGAUGAUUUGACAGAGUUAAGCUUGCCAGGAUAAUAGGUUUCCUGCAGUAAAGAAACUAGCAGGUUCUUGUUAUGAUCCUGAAGUCUUCUGGUCACUUACUGAGAUGAGUUAUUUUUAUUUAAAAUUCUCAAACUGCCAUAAUGGAAUCUGAAUGUAUACUCUCUGAAUUACUCAUAUAGGAUGUGAAGUACCAGUCCCAUUCAACAGCAACUACAUCAGCAUAUCCAAUGCUAGAUUGCUUUUUGUGACGGCAUCUCUUGCAAUUGUAUCACAAAUAGCAGGUAGUCUUUCAGGCUUUAUAAUCUUGCACUCUAAGGCGGCUUCUCAAUUCCUCCAAUUUUUUGUUCCUUUCAUUGUUCUUUCCAUCCACCCUGUUUCCUCGCUCUUGCCCUAUCAUGUUUAAGAUUGCAUCACAAAGAUAAGUAGGAGCAGCACGGUGGCUUAGUGUUUAGCACUGCUGCCUCACAGUGCCAGAGACGUGAGUUCGAUUCCAGCCUCGGGCGACUGUCUGUGUGGAGUUUGCACAUUCUCCCCGUGUCUGAGUGAGUUUUCUCUGGGUGCUCCGAUUUCCUCCCACAAUCCAAAGAUGUGCAGGUCAGGUAAAUUGACCAUGCUAAAUUGCCCAUAUUGUAGGGAUGUGUAGGUUAGAUGCAAUAGUCAGGGGUAAAUGUAGAAUGAUGGGGAAUGGGCUUUGUGGGAUACUCUUCAGAGGGUUGGUGUGGACUUGGGCUGAAAGGCCUAUUUCCACACUGUAGGGAUUCUUAAAAAAGUUUUUAAAAGUAGGUUGUGAAGAGGAAAUGAGGCUACAAAGAGAGAGAGUUCAGUGAAUGGGCAAAUUAAUUAUAAUGUGGGGAAAAUGUGAAAUUGUCCAUUUGGACAAGAGGAGUAAGAAAAAGUGUGUUAUCCAAACAGUGGGAAUUUGCAGAGCUGAGACUCAAAAGGAUUUGAGUGUCAUCUUGUAUGAAUCGCUGACAGAAUGCAUAUACAGGGAGCUCCUGAUUUAUGAAUGAUCCCAUGUAUGGUUUUAAUUUUAAAGACCCAGCAUAUGGACACUUUCUCUUAUGGAUAGCUGCUUUAUAUUGUCGAACAUGUAUUCCGACUUACAAAUGGACUCGAGAAUGGAACCUGUUCAUAACGCGGGGGACUUCCUGGAUACUAAAUAAUUAGGAAAGCUAAGAGAAUGUUGUUUAGUGUAAGUGGGAUUGAAUACAAAACUAGGGAGGUAAUGUUUCAGUUAUACAGGGAACUGAUUAAAAAAUAUCGAAACUAGGAACAGAAACAGGCCAUUCAGCCCUCAAGUCUGCUCCACCAUUCAGUAUGAUCAUGGCUAAUCCUUUAUCUCAUUGUAAAUUCUCAUUUUCUCCUCUAACCCCUUGAUAAUUUUAAUGUCCAUUGAUGAGACCAUGUCUCAACUGCUUUGUACAACUGUUUUCUUCUUAUUUAAGGAAGGAUGUUAUAUGUUGAAAACAGUUCAGUAAAGAUUUACUAAACUUAUACUUACUCAAGUGGUUAAUACUGCUGCCUCACAUGGCUAGGGACCCAAGUUCAGUUCAAGCCUUGGAUGACUGUUUGUGUGGAAUUUGCAUGUUCUCCCCAUGUCUGUGCUCUGGUUUGAUCCCACAGUCCAAAGGUGUGGAUUAGUUGGAUUGGCCAUGCCAUGUUGUCCAUUGUGUCCAGGAAAGUGCAGACUGGAUUAGCCAUGGUAAUUGCAGGGUUAUGGUGUCUAGGUAGAGGUCUGUGUGGGAUGCACUUCAGAGGGUCAGUGCAAACUCAAUGGGCUGAAUGGCCUGUUUCCACACGAGAGAUUCUAUGAUAUUACCUUUGAUAUUACCUAUGAUAUUCUUCCAUGAUAUGGGUGAGUUGUUUUCUGAAUAAACUUUAAACAAGCCAGACUUGUAUUUGCUGAAACCUAGAAGAGUAGGAAAUGACUUUAUUGAAACAUAUAAGAGGGUCUUGACAGAGUGGAUGUGGAGAGAAUCUGGAACUAGGGGUCACUGUUUAAAAGUUAAGGGGCUUGCCCAUUUAAAAUGGUAGUAAGGAAAUUUGUUUCUCAGUCAUGAAUUCUUGGAACUGUCUUGCUCAAAAAGCAGUAAUGAAGAGUCUUUGAAUAUUUCAUAAGGAAAAAGUAAAUUCUUAGUAAACCAAGGAAUGUGAAGUUAUCUGGGGUAGGAAAGGAACAAUAAAGUAACAAGAACAGCAAUGAUCUUAUCGAAUGGUGGUGCAGUCUCGAGGAUCUAAGUGUCCUACCUGUAUUUCUACUUUGUGUUUGUAUCUCUGACUCAUAAAGUGCUCUAGGACAUAUUUGUGUAAUUGAGGAGUACUGUAGAAAGAUGGGUUUUUGAUUUGUGCUCUGGAUUGAAAACUAUUGCAAUCUUGAGUAUUUCUGCCUGAAUUACUCCACAAUGAGGGAUUUCUCUGUGUGGAUUUCAAACCAACUUCAUCGCACUUUAGUAUUUUAGCCUUAUGCAUUUUAAAGAGAACAUAGUCCACACUUGGUUCGCGCACCUCUUUUAUCUAUGAAGGGAUAGGAUGUAAAUUAUUUUGCAAAAUAAAUUCAUCAGUAAAGAAGCAAUUUAAUUUGGUCUUCCAGGAAAGAACAAAUGUCCUUUAAAGUUAGGUAUACAAUUGGGUUUAGUGUGUUUCAGUGAUAAUUAGUGAAAGGACUUCGAACCAUCUUCUAUUUACAGAUUGUACACUUUGGCUGUGUUUGAGUCUCUCAUGAUGUUGCUUCAGAAUGCCCACAAUUUGGAAGCUAAACUAAUGUGAAACAGAUCAACAUUCUCUAUAGGCAAAACUUUUCUCAUACAUGAAUCUCCAAAUGCAAGCCACAUUUUGCCAGGGUAAAACAAAGAACUGCGGAUGCUGGAGAUCUGAAACAAUAACAGAAAUUGCUGGAGAAAUUCAGCAGGUAGGGUAGCAUCUGUGUGGGGGUGGAUGGGAGGGUGGAGAAUCAGGGUUGAUGCUUUGAGUCCAGGGAUUUUUUUUUUUAAUCAAAUGUCAGCAAUUUCUGUUAUUGCUACGUUUUGCCAGGGUUAGGUUUGAAGCCAAUGUUAAGCUCAUCCCCCACAAAUUGUUUGUGGGGAUAUUUUUUCCCAAAUGGUGAAUGCUAGGAACAGGCAACCAUUGGGUUGAAACUCAAAGACACUAUCAACUGAAUGUUUUGUUGAUGCCACCUGAAGAUUCAGAAGAUGCACAGAUUGCAGGAGGCAAGGGAGACUGAGGGAAGUAAGGGAAUCUCCAGGGUACAGAGUAAAAUUGACUAGUUGAUGUACGUUGAGGUUUUUCCUCAGCCAGUGUUGAACACGUCAGUAUUUGGACAAUUGAGUCCACCUUGCUAUGAUAACAGUAUUAUUUGUCCUUUCUCUGCUCACCCCAGCUCAGUAAAUAUAUUCCAGAUAUGACCAAAUAUUCAAUAGAUAGCAGCAUUUAUUUGCCACAUUUUUAUUUUAUACUAUUAUUCUGUACACUACCCAAAUUAAGUCACAUUCUGCCUUGUGGUGUAUUCUUAUGUAUUUCAAUGUUAUUGACUUAAGGAGCUGCUUUUGCUAAUGUCAUCCAGAUUAUUUUUAUAAAUUCUUUUUAAUUAUGUUUAUAAUUAUUGCUUCUGACAAUAAAUCAAUAAGAUGCUGCUUAAAGACGUUCUGUUGACUGAUGGUCUGCAUUCUUCAGCAUUUCCUUCAAAGUGUUCUUCACUUUAACCUUUUAAGCCUCAGUCAUCUGCCAUACUGAGGUGGGGGGGAUGUGGACUGGUGACCUUGAUUAUACAAUAAAAAAGAAAAUAAAGUUUU